AUGAACAAAGUUGUUUUACGGAUUUUUGCCGCCCUUUUGCUACUGGGAAUUUCAGCAGCGGCGGAUCAACCAGAUGGCCGAAUCGUUGGUGGAGCAGAUACAUCCACUUACUUUACCAAAUAUGUGGUCCAGCUGCGCAGGCGCAGUUCUUCGAGUAGUGCCUAUGCCCAAACCUGUGGUGGAAGCAUCUUGGACGACGUAACCAUAGCAACGGCUGCUCAUUGUGUCUACAAUCGCCUGGCAGAGAACUUCUUGGUGGUGGCCGGAGAUGAUAACCUUGGUGGCAUGAAUGGCGUGGUGGUCCGUGUGGCUAAGUUCAUUAUCCACGAACAGUACAACGCCUCAAAUACGGAUAACGACAUUGCUCUAGUGAUUGUCGAUCCUCCCCUACCUUUGGCUACCUAUACUACCAUGGAAGCCAUUCAAAUUGCCUCAGCCGAGCCAGCUGUGGGUGUCCAGGCCACUGUCAGUGGUUGGGGUUACACCAAGGAGGAAGGUUUGUCCUCCUAUCAGCUGCAGCAGGUUACAGUACCCGUUGUGGAUUCUGCCAAAUGCCAGGAAGCCUAUUACUGGCGACCCAUCAGUGAUGGUAUGCUCUGUGCUGGACUUCAGGACGGUGGAAGGGAUGCCUGUCAGGGAGACUCCGGAGGACCACUGGUGGUUGCUAACAAGCUAGCUGGCAUCGUUUCCUGGGGAGAAGGAUGUGCGCGUCCCAACUAUCCAGGCGUAUAUGCAAAUGUUGCCUAUUUUGCAGAUUGGAUAGCCAAACAGCGAGCUUCGAAUGAUGUAUAAAAAAUGAGAUAAGAAUAAAUAAAAGCUUAAAUAUUUUUACUAUACUGAAAA